AUGUAGGAUAAAUAAAUAGAGGAAAAGAAUCCUAAUAUAAAUCAAUUAAAAGAUCUAAUUAAUGUUUUAUAAAUGACUAAAGAAUUUGGAAAAAUAAUAGUUAUGGAUAUGACAUUUUAUAAAUGCAUUAGGAAAAUGGAAAUAAAUACUUCGGAGGUAAAGAAUCUCAUAAGAGAAACUCGACAUCUAAUAUUUGAGGCAGAAUGGCUAAAAAUAGCAAAUAAGGCAGAAUAGUUAUUUAAUAAAACUUAAAAUUACAGAAUGUUUAUUGUAUAGUUUCAAGCUUAUAUUUUUUGUGAUCAAGAUCCAAAAUUGAUUAUAGAAUGCUUAGAAAAAGCAUUGAAACUGAAACCACAAUCAAAGAGGCUAAAUCUUUAAUUAGGAAAUUAGUAUUAUGAUCUUAAAAAUUAUGAGAAGGCUCUAGAAUUUUAUCAAGUUGCAAAUUAGAAAAGGCCUUCUUAUAAAUUACUUUAUAAGAUUGGUAAUUAAUUAUUUAUAAAAAUAGGUCUAAUUUAUUAAUGCUUGGAAUAGCAUGAACUAGCAAUAUAAUACUUUACUAAGGCUGGCGAUCAGAAUGUUAAUAUUUACAUUUCUAAGAGUAAAUAAUAUAUUUUAACAAUAGUGGAUUCCUUUGAAGCAUUAAAGUAAUACGAUCAAGCUUUAGAAUGUUGCUUAAUUGUAAUAAGUAUGGAACCUUAAGAAGCUCAAUACUAUUUAAAAUAAAGUAAUGAUAGUUAAUAUAUUAUAAAUAGUAUAUUUGUUAGAGAGAUUAGGUAGGUAAGAUUAAAUCUAAUAAGUAAAAGAAAAAUUAUAAAACACUGAAAAUUUUUAUACUGAGAAAUUUUUUUAUGAAAGUAAAAAUUUUCUUUAUAUUUUUAAAAAGAAAGAAACUUAGAGACCUAAAAAGUUCUACUCUAAAAAAAGCAAUCAUAAAUAGGAUUAAAAUUGACUAAAUCUUAAAUUAUAACAUCUUAAUAAUCAAAGUCUAUCAAAUUAUUUAUAGAUUCUUUUUUCUAUACUUUUACGAUGUACUUAGUAGAGAAAUUAUAAUUAAUAGAUUUAAAUUAAGCUCUUGAGGAUAUUAAGAAAUAUAUUAAUGAUUAAUAGAUUGAAUAAUUAAAAGAUUUUAAUGAAAUAAUGGCUGGUUGUCUCAAGUCUGUGAUACCUAACUUUGAAGAAAAAUAAAUACAAUUAAAUCUUAAAUUAUGGUACUAAAAAAAAAUUGAGAAGAAUCUAAAUAAUAAAAAUGAGAUUUAAUAUCUCUAAGAGCUUUUUGGUAGACUUUCUAAAUAAAAUGAAAUUUAGAUCAUAAUCACUGAUAGAAUAAAUGAAGAUUACAAAUCUAUUAUAAAUAGAUAAAAUAAAAAUAAAAAUUUUUAACUUUAAUUGUUAGCUUUUUCAUAAAUUGCUAAUAAAUAAGAUUCAAUGAUCUUAAAAUGUAUCCAAAUCAUAAAAUUAUAUAGCUAAUGAAGGAUAAUUAGGUUUUGAAUAUUCAGUAUUACUCUUAGCCUAUCUUGUCUCCUUUACAAAAUUGGCAGAUGACCAUGAAGAUUUUGAAACUUUAAUUUUUAGGUUUUUUGUUUAAAAGGAUUUAGAGCAAUUUUAAAUAUCAUAAAGCAACAUCAAAAUAAGUCAAGAAAAUCAAAAAAAUAAAUAAGGUUAUAAUGAGCUAACUGAUUCCGAAAUACGGGAUCCUAGAAUUAAAAAAUAACUACAACAAUUUUAAUUAAUUGCAGAAAAUGAUUAGGUUAAUAAAAAUAAAUCACUAUGA